UCUAUUUUAAUGACUGUUUACAAUUAAUAAAGAAUAACCUUGGUGUCAUAAAAGUGAUAUUAAUUACCAUGUUUUCUAGGUAAUGCAUACAUGUAGAUGACAAUUAAUAACGGAGGUCAACAAAAAGUGACCAUGUCAUUUUGUCCACUUAAAGGAGAUAUGAUAAUUUGUUUACUAUUUAAUACGUAUACUUGUUUUGUACGGUGUUUAUUCCGGACUUACCUUAACGUACGACCUGACAUGUAAAAAGACGUUGCACGUUGUUAUAACUAUUGCUGGAUUAAAAAUAAACAAAAUGAAUUUAAUUGUUUAUGUUACCAUUAUUGGAUUAGCGCACGCUAGUAGCACACCUUCCCCACAGAACGUAAAAGUUGCCAGUUCCCAACCACUUCCUGCAAUAACCGGAAGUACUACUCAGCCACUUCCUGUAGUAACCGGAAGUACUACCCAGCCACUUCCUGAAGUAACCGGUAAUAUCAAUAAACAAUCGUCAGUGACAACUGCGAGGAAAGAUGGUAUACCAGAAAUUAGCACCACAGCUCCUUUUGCCACCAUAUCUACUUCAAAUAAAAAUUCAGAUAAUUCUAAUGCGCUGGAAAGUGGGAUUUUAGGCAUUAUAGGAACGCAAGACGCUGUUAAUCUAGAGGUAAAGGCCAUUGCAGAUAUUCCUCACGGUGGAUUAAGUAACACGAAAGAAAGUGGUAAUGCAGUUCCUGCUGAGGUAGCCGAGAAUCCUGGUAAAGAUUCUAACGAUAUUGUACUUAUAGAUCAUGCAAGCGGGCAAGUUGAAGUUUUAACAACAGUUAACUCAGAUAAUGGGAUAUCAAAUGCAUCAGUAGAUGCCGUAACUGCAAAUAAACAAAACAUAAAUAACAGUACUCCAACAGAAACCGCCGAAAUUCCAAAAGAAGUUAAAAUAUCAGCGAAAGAAAAAAAGAUCACUGAUCCUUCUAGUGACAACAUAAUUAACCCAGCUAUAAAUUCUGUAAGUGAUAAAAAGGUUGCAGGCUCAGACAUGCCAAGUGAAUUAAUAACAGACCAAUCUUUAAACGACGUAAAGGUAAAAGACCAGUCGAUCACUAUAAAAACAGGCACGCAAGGAAAUAAUAUGAGACUUGUAAAUGUCGCUCCAGAAACAGUACAUGGGAAUGAUCCAAAGAGCACACAGGAAGUAAAUAAAAACAACAGAAAGGUAGACAAACAUUCAAAAGACGGUCACAGUCAAAAGAGCGAUCCAAUGGUAAAUGAAGAUGUUGCAAUGAACAAGGUGUUAGUUACCGGGGAUAUCAAUUUAGAUACAAAUAAAGCUGAUAAAACGACAAACUGUAACGUUAAGAAUAGUAAAUGUGUACCCACAAGAGCAGAACUUGUUGCUGCAGGAGUUGAUAACGUCGACUUAAUGCAACACGCCGUCGAUCUAAAAUCUCCCAAAUUUAUCUUGGACACAAGUAAAACAGCCGAGGCAAAUGGAAAUAAAGCUGGUGAGAACAACAAUUGUAAUGUCAAGAAUAGUAAAUGUGUUCCCACGCGAGAAGAACUUGUCGCAGCAGGAGUUGAUAAUGUCGACUUAAUGCAACACGCCAUCGAUAUAAAACCUCCCAAGUUUAUCUUGGACAAGCUGUCCACAAGUAAAACAGCCGAGGCAAAUGGAAAUACAGCUGGUGAGAACAAAAAUUGUAACGUCAAGAAUAGUAAAUGUGUUCCCACGCGAGAAGAACUUGUGGCAGCAGGAGUUGAUAAUGUUGACUUAAUGCAACAUGCCGUCGAUCUAAAACCUUCCAAGUUUAAUUCAAAUAAACCAUCUAGCAGUAAAACAGCAGAAACAAACUCAAAUAAACCUAGUACAGGUUGUAAUGUAAAGAACAGUACAUGCGUUCCUUCAGAGAAAGAACCUAUCGCUGCCGGAAUGGACAUGAACGUUCCUAUGCAAUUUAGUAUUGAUACAGAAAAUGCUUUCCUUGGACAGUUAAAGCAAAGUGAACCAGACGUCGUUGAUACGAAUACAGCGAAAGCAUUGAACAUUGUUGAUAGCACUAACACAGGCAUCAGUAUGACUUCCAGUUCCGAAAAUAAAGACAAAAGGGCAGGAAAUGCGCCGACUUUUAAAACGUCUGCAGAUGAAAUCACCAAGGUGAUGCAGCCAGCAACAAUUCAACAAAUCCCAGAGCCGAGCCAAACAACACAACCGACGAAAUCAGCCGAACUGACUACAGCUAGCAACGCAUUACAAACUUCAACAGCAAUUAGCGCUAAAAUGACGUCAGCAGCGGAGCAGACGACAAGCGCGACAACAGAGUUCCAGACUUGUCCUAGCAUAAAAUGUCAAGAAACAUGUGCUUAUGGCAGAAAAGUCAACUCGAACGGAUGUGAAACAUGCGAGUGCAAAUUUUCAAACAAUUGUCCACGAGUUUCAACAGCGUCUAGACUGCUCUGUCUUCUUCGUGCAAGAACAGAUCAAAAUUGUGCAUCGAACGCAGACUGUAGGCGGAACCGGAUAUGCUGCCCAGGCGCGUGCGGACCAGUUUGCAGACGAGCGUCCAGACGCAGUUCCAUGUUUCUGUCUAUGCUAGUUGAUUAAUAGCUGAAGUAUUUUAGAAACCAGAUUAAUCCUACAUUGUGUAUAAUAGUGCAUUUUUAUCUUAGAGGGAAUGCAGUCAUGAUAGGGUGUUUUAAGGAAGAACUAAGGAAAAUAGUUCACACUUAAUAUUAUGUCCGCCAUGUGUUUGUAUCGUUUAUGAUUAGACUGGUGAUAACGUUUGUUUAUAUUUUUUUCAAAUUUGUUCAAAUAUAAUCCAAUUCGCGGUGUAUUUUACUUUCUCUAAAUAAGGACAUUAACUGACGAUAUCUGUAGUUUUCAAAAGUGAGGUUCCACGAAAAUCAACAACUGCGAGUGGCUCCUGUGCAAAUAUUUAAAACAAAAUACAGGUAGACUGUAGGUGUACAUAGUAUACUGUAUAUCGAAUAUAUUUGGUGUUUCUUU